AUGGGCAUGGAGGCUGCAGCAGCCUUGGGACGCGGGGAUCCAUUUACCCUCGCCACGGCAUCUCCUGGAGGCGGCAUUGAAUUGUAUCUGCAGCAAGAUGACGCACAUCACGCCGCAGCCGCUAUUUCAGCAGCUCCUGAAACGCAGCAGCAGCGUGUGGGCCCGCAAGGAUCGGGAGCACCUGGCGUGAAGCAACCGCAGCGUCACCAGCACCAGCAUCAGCGAGAUGUCAGGGGCACACAAUCCGAGCUAACUUCCGCAGCAGCUCCGCAGGACGGCAAUCACCUUCAGCAACAGCAAGAUGGCCGCAGGGGUCCUCCGACAGAGGAGCGGCUUCGAAUACGUGAGAAGUACAGGGAGAGGCUAAAGGAACGGAAGCUGCAGAUUUAUCAAAGGGCCCUUGAGGAAGUCAUUCAGCGGGAAAAGGAAGGCUCCCAGAUGCAACUCGUCUUCCAGCUACAGCUACCUACAAGGUUUGGCGAGAAUGUGUAUAUGGUGGGAAAUGAGGCCUGCGUUGGGCGAUGGCGAAUGGAAGAUGCGCGCCCGAUGCACUGGAGCGAAGGAAACGUCUGGAGUACCGCACUUGCAAUCCCGAACGGACUUCAUCGGCUGGAGUACAAGUAUAUCAUCAAGGAGGGUUCUAGAGUUACAUGGGAACCUGGAAAGAAUCACAUCUGGGGGCCCCGUUCCCCCAUGGGGGCCCUUGCGUCGGGGGAACCCAUCACGAUCUGUGACUCAUGGGGGGGUGGCCUCGGGUAG